AUUUUGCAGCGAAAAGGCAGGAGCACUGUUUGACGUCAGGAGCUGCGGACACCGGCGAGUGUGCUCAGACACAUUUGUCAAAUAACAAAACAGUGUGUCUGGGGUCUGGCGCACCUGCCAUAAAGUUCCCGCGCGGGGCUCGACAUUCACCGCGGGCGCAAUGAAUUACACCAAGUCUGAUCUCAAUGGUCCGUCCCGUAACAGCAACUCCGGGACCGUGGACGAGCUCGUGAUAACGUCGACUUUCGGGACAUUGUUAUCUGUGGUUUACAUCGUCGGAGUUUCGGGAAACGUCUAUACGCUUGUAGUCAUGUGUCAUUCCAUACGAUUCGCGACUUCAAUGUACAUCUCCAUCAUUAACCUGGCGCUCGCGGAUCUCCUUUACCUCUCCACCAUCCCUUUCGUGGUGUGCACGUACUUUCUGAAGGACUGGUACUUCGGGGACGUGGGCUGCAGGAUCCUGUUAAGUCUGGACCUUUUAACUAUGCACGCAAGUAUCUUUACGCUUACGGUCAUGUGCAUGGAGCGCUACUUGGCUGUGACCAAACCGCUAGAUACCGUUAAGCGCUCCAAGAGCUACCGAAAAGCGAUGGCGUGGGCUGUUUGGAUGUUAUCUCUUGUGCUGACUCUUCCCAUGAUGGUCAUGGUUAAUCUGACUACGAAAAAAGCCGCAGAUGGAGUGGUGAAAAGGAUGUGCGCGCCCACCUGGGCACCACAGGCGUAUAAGAUUUACCUGACUGUCCUGUUCUGCACGAGUAUAAUGGCUCCAGGACUGGUCAUUGGUUACCUGUACACCAGGUUAGCCAGGACUUAUUUAGAGUCACAAAAGACCUCGGCUGUUAAUAAAGGCACCAAGCGCUCUCCGAAGCAGAAAGUGCUGAUCAUGAUUUUCACCAUCGUGCUCGUGUUCUGGGCGUGCUUUCUGCCCUUUUGGAUAUGGCAACUUGUGCCCCUAUAUCACAAGCCCUUUCGUCUCGCUUCGCACACGCACACGAGCAUCAAUUACCUCGUGGCGAGUCUGACCUACAGCAACAGCUGCAUCAACCCGUUUCUGUACACGCUCCUGACCAAGAACUAUCGGGAGUAUCUUAAAAACCGCCACAAGAGUUUUUACAGAUACACGUCGUCUUUUAAACAAAGGCCACCGAGUCUGUACUCUUGGGGAAAGUCAGGGUCGUCUAGCAACCAGUUCGAGCUCAACUCGGAGACGCUCGGCAUGGCGCAGUUGAAGGCGCAGUGGUGCGGUGAAAGAGAUGUGGAGGGGAAAGCCUUAACCCGUUCGUAGAAAGGGUUCCUUUGACUCGUCACCCUCAGUGAGGAGGAUCCUACGGCAGAGAGGGGUUAUCAAUGGCAUAUUCAGGGUCACAUGUGAAGGACACUGUAAUGGCGUAUCGUGUGCCCC